AUGUCAGCGGGGCAAGAGCUGAGGCUGCUGAAGCCCGCGGCAGGUGCAGCAUCCCAAAGCAAUGUCACCUCUGCCAGUGAUACCACUGAUUCUUCUGCUCCUUCUGCUCAGACAGUUCAUGCACCUGGUUUUCUGCCACUGAGGCCAGAGACUGAAAACUCAAUUGCUUUUCCUGUUUUCUCGUCUGUUGUUACAGCCGACAUUACUCCUAUUCAGCGAUUUCAGACUGCCUCUCGAGCCGCCACUGCUCUGAACUUCGCCUGCUCAUCUGUUGUUACCGUCGCCACUGCUCCCAUUCAGCAUGUUCAGCCUGCUCCUCCAGCCGCUGCUGCUCUAGAAUACACACCCUCGUCUAUUCAUACAGUCGACAUCGCUCCUGUUCAGCACGUUGAGACUGUUCCUCAAGCCGCUACUGCUCUCGAUUCCGCUUCCUCAUCUGUUGUCACAGCCGGCUCUGCUCCUAUCCGGCACGUUCAGACUGUCCCUCGAGCCGCCACUGCUCUGAACUUCACAUUCUCCACUGUUUGCACAGCCGCCACUGUUCCUGUCGAACCUACGCCAUCUGAUACAGUUCAUAUCCCUCGCGCAGCCUUUGCGGCACACGCAACCCAACUUCGUCGUGUGUUUGAGAUCUUUGAAGGCAUGUAA